GACCCUAACCCCAUCCACUUUGGCGGCGUCUUCUCUUCAGCCCCCCAAGAUCUUGCACCUUUCUUCUGGCCGCCAGCCCCUUCUCUGGAGAACUUGGCCUCUGCGCCCACUGCACCCCCUCUCCUGACCCUCAACUCUUUUCUCCACAGUCCUGACUCCCGCGCUCCUUCCUCUGAUCCCCUAACUCCUUCACUCAGGAUACUGCGAACUCCUUUUCACCCUCUGAAUCCUUGCACUUAGGAUCUCGCCGAGCCCCCUUUCUUGGCUACCUUCCUCUUUUAGAUUCUGCUCCGUCCGGCGCUUGACCCUCCUGCCAAGCCUUUACUCUCCGGGUUGUGCCUCUCUGUCUCCUUCCCUUCAUUCUCAGGUAACUUUUUGUCAGCUGCGGGGGGGCCCGGACUCAAGGUCUUCGUGUUCUUCCCGCCUCAGGUGACAGCUUUGCUGUGAGCGCUGCUUGGGCAAGGAAAGGCAUCGAGGAGUGGAUCGGGAGGCAGCGCUGUCCAGGCAGCGUCUCAGGACCCCGACAGCUGAGAUUGGCAGGCACUGUUGGUCGAGGCACUCGGGAGCUCGUGGGUGACACUUCCAGAGAGGCACUUGGUGAGGAGGACGAGGAGGACUUCCAGCUAGAAGUGGCCCUGCCGCCCGAGAAGUCCGACAGCCUGGGCAGUGGCGAUGAGAAGAGAAUGGAGAAAGCGAGUGACCCUGGUCCCGGCUCCAAGAAGCAGCUGAAGUUUGAAGAGCUUCAGUGCGAUGUUUCUGUGGAGGAGGACAGCCGACAGGAAUGGACUUUCACUCUGUAUGACUUUGACAACAAUGGCAAAGUCACCCGUGAGGACAUCACCAGCUUGCUGCACACCAUCUAUGAGGUGGUUGACUCCUCUGUGAACCAUUCCCCCACAUCAAGCAAGACCCUGCGGGUGAAGCUCACUGUGGCCCCCGAUGGGAGCCAGAGCAAGAGGAGUGUCCUUUUCAACCAGACUGACCUGCAGAGCACGAGGCCCCGAGCAGACACCAAGCCUGCUGAGGAACUUCGUGGCUGGGAGAAGAAGCAGCGAGCCCCUCUCAGGUUCCAGGGUGACAGCCACCUGGAGCAGCCGGGCUGCUACCACCAUUGUGUGGACGAGAACAUUGAGAGGAGAAACCACUACCUAGACCUGGCGGGGAUAGAGAACUACGCAUCUCAGUUUGGGCCUGGCUCCCCUUCGGUGGCCCAGAAGUCAGAGCUGCCCCCUCGAAUCUCCAACCCCACUCGCUCUCGCUCCCACGAGCCAGAAGCUGCCCACAUCCCACACCGGAGGCCCCAAGGUGUGGACCCCGGCUCCUUCCACCUCCUUGAUGCUCCCUUUGCCAAGGCGUCAGAGCUCCAGCAGCGGCUCCGGGGUACUCAGGAUGGGAGCAAGCACUUUGUGAGGUCCCCCAAGGCCCAGGGCAAGAACAUGGGAAUGGGCCACGUGGCCAGAGGUGCAAGAAGCAAGCCCCCACUGGUGUCCACCACCCACACUGUGUCCCCCUCUGCCCACUUGGCCACCAGCCCAGCCCUCCUACCUACCCUGGCACCCCUGGGGCACAAGAAGCACAAGCAUCGACCCAAGGAGAACCAGGCCAGCUGCCGGGGCCUGCAGGCCCCACUGGCUGCAGGAGGCGCCACGGUCAUGGGUCGGGAGCAGGUGAGGGAGCUACCUGCUGUGGUGGUGUAUGAGAGCCAGGCUGGGCAGGCCGUCCAGAGACAUGAGCACCACCACCAUCACGAACAUCACCACCACUACCACCACUUCUACCAGCCCUAAGUCCCAGCAGGCCGCCACAUGAAGGACCCACCCCCACGCCUCGAGGCAUUAUUAUUCUAUUAAUUAUUGUUAUUAUGACAAUUAUUGUUAUUAAUAAUUAUUGUUACUCCACUAAUAUUUAGCUAGCCUUCAUGUAGAAGAUAUAUGGAAACACAGAACUAAACUUUUAUUUAUAUGUUGUGGGGAUUAUAUAGCUCACCCAAGAAGUGACUCUGGGUUUGGAAGGGUCCUUGGGCUCCCCCAGCUGCAGGGUCCACGCAGAUCUUCCCAAACCACAGGAGCCCUCGGCCCAGCUGCCCCACUUCUGCUCUUCCGGGAGCGCACCCUUGCCUGGCCAAGCUUCAGAGACCCUCAAGAGCUCCGGAGGACAACAGCUGCUACCUCUCAGUGUUAUUCCGGUCUGACUUCACCCUUAACCGACUGUCACGUGCUACAGGGGCUUUUGGUGGACUGUGUUGCAGUGCCCUCCCUGCCCUCAUGUUUCCACACCUCAGCCUAGACCCUUAGCUGUGCUUUCUGGAGUUGCUGCCUCACCUUGGUCCACGCCAGCCCUAUCUUUUUUUUUUUUUUCCUGCCAUGCACAAUGUGGAAGCGCCCCUCUCCUCCCAUGCACCCCCCUUUGCUUUUGAAGGAUGCACCUGUAUUUAAGGAUUGUCCUUGGAGCCAACCUUCUCCUUUUGGAAACUGCUACAGAGAGAAGCAGCCACAUACAGAAGCGUGGUUUCCCAAGAUGGCACCAUUGUAUGACGGAGGGUGUGAAACCUGAGUUUGCCAUCAGCAAAUACACUUUGUGGCUCUCUGGCAACCUUUGUAUCUAUAGGUAGAUGCUGCCUGUCCGUGUCUCUGUGUCUUUCUAUAAAUACACUCUCAGGUAUCUUU